CUUUAUCAAGAGAGGGCGUUUUCAUCUCUAAUGGCGACGUAACGCUCGUCAAUUUACGAAUUUUUCGAAAACAAUGUUGGAGUGAGAAAUCGUGGAGUACUCCGCAGAAUUCAGAAGCAAGAUAAAAUUGAAGAUGAGAUGAAUUGUCCAACAGCCUGAUGUCAGACUUACAUGAAGAAAUGCAAAAUCAAAACAAUAACGUCAUGAUCAGCCGACAAUCAGGUAGCCGCAGUGGAACGCCCAACUCCAUGAUGGUCCUGGAACAAGGACACAAAAGCCCUUCAAGACCGCCCUCCGGUAGAAGAUCAGUCAAUAGACAAUCACCACUUAAAAGAGGGGGCAGCUCCUUGGAAAUACUACCCUCCCAAGAAGAGGAGAGAAGUGGGACCUCAAGUAGACUCAGUAAUGAUGGAGUGAAUGUGGACAGCUCACGCCAGACUCAAAGUGCAGGGGCAAUCAGCCGCCUUAGUUUCACAGAGGAUGAACUUGGCAAUGGUGAUGGAAGGGGAGGAGGGGUGGAGCUGAAGAGAAGUAGCAGCAUAGAUGGGAGGGCGGAAUUGAAGACGCCAGACUCUCCCAGGAAGCAGGUUUAUCUAACCACGGUCAAGAGGAACUUCGAGCAACAUGGAAUGCCAAAGAAUGAAGAACUGGCCAAAGCUGUCCAGAAUCUACCAUCCCUUCAAAACGGAGUCGUUGGUGAUCCUCCAUCAUCCCUGCACACAACUCGCGACUCAUCACACAGGAAAGAACAGAGGGAAAGGCCAAGCCAUCACGAAACAGGCACAGACAACAAUGAACUGAAAAACCCAGGCGAGAUUGAGACUACUGUGGAGAGGUUGACCCUUGAAGAGGGUGAGGGUCAGAGGUCAAAUGACAGAGGUCACAGUGAUGAGAUGAAGGACACAGACUCAUAUUAUAUCAGCCAUGGUACUAUUUCCAACAAGUCAAAAGCAUACCCAGCAUCAGCAGCAGCCAGUAUUUCUUCCACUGCAGGGAGUGACUCUUACUAUCUCACUCAUGACAGAGCUUCAUCAUCCACAUCUUUUGAUACCAGGCAAUCUUCCAGAGAAGCCGAGGAGCCACAGGAAGAGCAGGUCGUGGGAGCAACUUCAACGAGCGAUGUCUCUGCCGGGGUUGAGGGAGAUCAUGAUGACAGCAGUGAUGAUGAUGAUGAUGACGAUGACGAUGAAGAGGAGGAAGGAAAAGCACCCUUUCAGCUUCUCGGAGAGUUUCUGGAAGCAGUCAUGGAGGAGGACUAUGAAAAUGCUGAGAAGCUGUGCAAAAUGGUUCUGCUUUAUGAACCCGACAACACUGAAGCUAAGCAGUUCCAGCCCCUGAUUGAAGAGAUGCUGAAACGAGAGCGAGAAGAACAGUUGUGGGGUAGUGAGAGCGAUGAUGGAGAUGACGAAGACGAUGAUGAAGAUGACGAAGAGGACGAGGAUGAUGAAGAAAGUGACGAAGAUGACGAUGAAGAUGAAGAAAGUGACAAAGAUGACGAUGACGAUGAAGAUUCCAGCGAGGAGGAAGAGGAGACAGAUGAGGACAAAUCUGAGGCACAGGUUGAGAAAUGACAGGUGUUCUUCAAGUACACUUUUAUGCAUCAAAUCACAGCCUUGUAAAAUGCUAAGAUUUGUGCAAACUCCCAUUUAUUUUACUGAUGUCACAUUCAAGAGGACCAACGUUUACAUGCAUAGUAGGAAGAUAAGUGUUAUUGCAGGUUGGCCUUGCAUGCUGCCUGAAUUUUUUUUUUAAGAAAUUUCAUGCUAUGUUAGAACUGUUGGCAGAAACUCUGUUUGGUGGUUUCGUGUGUGAAAAGGGGAGUUAUGUUACUCACGUUGGAUGGGAAUCCACAACAUUCUGCUUUCAAUUGCCAAUAUUGUCAGCCAUUAGGCCACGUUGCAGCAAUCAAGAUUACUUGAUAACCAUGGUUAACCGCAGUUAGAUUUUGUCGGAGGUUGGACUGGUGUAAGUUGACCGUUCAGUACCAACCUACUGGUUGGCUUUUUCUGGCUGUCAGUAGCUACAUAUUGUAAAGUACAGAGCCAGGAUUAUGGUGUUGCCAGCAUCUGACGACCAUUUCCAUUCAGUGCUUUCCAAGAGUUCAAGUUACAUGAUACAGAGGUUGGAAGUACCCAAAUAGUACUCAGACAUCACCGGCUGGGGUCUUUGUUACAUCAAGGUCACAUGAGCAGUCACAUACAGGGUGUCCAAUUCUCCAACUUACAUGUACUUAAAUACAUUCUUGGCAUCAAGAAUCUGAGUACUGUUUGGUAAUACAGUGACAUAAAGUAGAAUUGGUUGUUUGAAAGUUUUGGUUUUACUCUUUGCCAGCAUAAUUAUUAGGCAGUGGUUGCCAAAACCUAAGGGAAGAAUUCACAAGCUUAUCAUGGACAGAUAUAGUCGGCACUACUGGGGGAUGUACCUUUGAAUAGUUUGGUUUCGCCCUUUGCCUACAGAAUCUUUUCUUAAGGAGUUCCCAGUAAGCGUAAUAAAUUUAAGUUUGCAAAGGGCACAGUUGAUAAACCCAAAUUUCCCCUCCCCAAUGGAAAAUCCCAGUUGAUGGUCAUGGACUCGUUAGAAAAAGAUUAUUGGUCCUGUAUUCGUGUGUAUUUAGUGCAGUUUCACAGAGCACCUUCUAUCUUUGUAUGAACAAAGACGACAAGUAUAUGGUCGUUUGAAGAUGACUUGAUGAUCCACUGCAUAUCACCCUCUGCAGUGAAGCAAAUGUUGGUUCAAGGAGAUCAGAUGGGCCAAGCAUUGUGGAUACUUAAGGGCGCAACCACUUUUUUGGAGGGGGGAGGGGAUUAUGUACCUGUACUCCCAAUACUUUGCAUUCAGAACUGUUCAAGGGUGGUUUUUUUUCCCCCCUGAAGAAACAGAAAGCAAUAUGGCAGAAAAGUUGCAGUCUUUCACUGGCUAAUGCUAUAGGGGCGAUUCACAAUAGUGCGCCACCAUGAAUUUGCAACGUGUUGGCCAAUCACAGCGCUCGAAAUUUGUCAGCCCCUUCCGAAUGCGCAUUGGGUUGACAAAUUUCGCGCAUUGUGAUUGGUCAACGUGUUGCGAUCUCUUGGUGGCGCUCUAUUGAGAAACGCCCGUAUUUCAGCCAACUCCUUAUUUGUGGCAAGUGUGAAAGAAAAAUCUGUGUCUGUCCUCUUCUUGUGCAGAUAAAUGUAUAUGCUUACAGAAAAACUGUAUGUACAGAAAAAUUGAAUUUACAUCUACGUGUAAAUAUGACAAAGCAUGAUACAUGUUUUCAACAAUAGCCGGCCUUAAAAUAUCAUGGCAGUAUUUAUACUUACUAUUCAAAAAUACUUUGCAACUAUAAAACAGGAAUGCCGUCCAAUGAUUUUCUGUACAGAGUUGUGAUUUUGACAUAUUUUCUACAGUUACAAUGUUGCUGUUGUGAUUGAUACAUAUUUGAUUUGUAUGCUGUUGAAAUAAAGGCAUCAGUUGUCAAAACAA